GGUAAAGUUUUCCCGGAAGUCGAAGUGAGUGUUUCCGGUACGCGUGGCCGCUCCUGUGACAGCUGCUUAGCGAGACAAGCCAAGAUGAUUUCCCUCACCGACUCCCAGAAAAUUGGAAUGGGGCUAACAGGAUUUGGUGUAUUUUUUCUGUUUUUUGGGAUGAUCCUGUUUUUCGAUAAAGCUCUCCUUGCCAUAGGAAAUAUCCUUUUUGUUGUCGGCCUGGCGUUUGUAAUCGGGCUGGAGAGGACGUUCAAGUUCUUCUUUCAGAAGCACAAAAUGAAAGCCACCAGCUUCUUCCUAGGAGGCGUCUUUGUAGUGCUGAUCGGGUGGCCCAUCCUCGGAGUGAUUCUAGAGUUUUAUGGCUUCUUUCUAUUAUUCAGGGGAUUCUUUCCAGUGGUCGCAGGCUUCAUCAGGAGAAUUCCUGUGCUGGGAUACUUGCUGAAUCUUCCCUUUAUUAGUGGGUAUGUGGACAAAAUGAGUGAAAGCAACAGCAUGGUUUAACAGACUCUUUUUUUACCACUUAUUUAUGAUGGAUCUUCUAAAGCUUUACCUUCAAACAGCCAUGAUGAGUAUAGAGGUCGUAUUACCGAAGCUUUAUAUUCAGAAGUGUUUCCAUUGUAAGGACGUCUGAGUGAUAUUUGCGUCAGUGAAAUAGUGCGGGAAACAAGCCACUCCUUCGGCGGCUGGCCAAAGCAAAGCUGCGUCACAGCAUCGCUGCAUCCCUGAACCACUGUGCCCUCAUUUAUAAACACAAACUUGAUCAAGAAGUUCCUGGAGAUCCUUCCGUGAGGAAGGUUUGUUUCACUUCUGGAAGUCUGUUUUCUGUUACAAUAAUGGCCUUGUUACAUGCUGGUGUCUGUAAUUGUGUUUUAAAGAGGGAGGAGAGCUGGAUGACUAAUUUCUUCUCUUUUUUUCUAUCACACCUGCUGAAUCUGUGUGAUAUUUACACUUUAUUUUAAAAUUAAACUAUUACUAAUCAGACUGACAUAUGGAGAUGUUAUUAUUAGUAUUAUAAAAUAAAACUAUUUUUUUUCUCUCUGUCUUCAAAAAUGGGAUUUCAGGAUGGUUCAGCUGCCAUAAACGUUUGUAAAUAAAAACUGAAAAACUUGAAAUGAGGUCAGUGUCUAUAUUCUUAUUCUUAUUGCUUUAUUAUGU